AAUUGUAUUUUGGAUGAGCAGAUGGUGUUCAAUGAAGAUGUACUACAAAAUGUUCAAGUCCCUCUGCCAAGGAUCAAAGAAUUGAGGUUAUCGGUAGCUGAAGAAACUGAAGAGUUGUGUGUGCUUCUUAUCAAUGAUUUGUUUUGGAGCUUCCGUCCUGCUAUUAUUUCUUUGAACGUGAAAGUCUGCAGCAGAAUAUUCCUUAAGUUAUUAUUGGAGAAGCUAAGGAGCAACAACGAGAAAGAGAGAUGCUGCAGUUCAAAUCAAAUGAAAUGUUGGUGGCAUGAUUUGAAAGAUGUCAAAGUCAGAAGCUCUCCUGAGAAAUAUAAGAACCUCAGUGAUUGUGAAGAACUCUUGGAUUCAUUGCCAAUGAAUUUUUCUUCUCCGGAUUGUGAAGAACUCUUGGAUUCAUUGCCAAUGAAGUUUUCUUCUCCGGCUCUGCAGCUUAACUUUCAGUUAGAGUGGAACUCAUUAUAGUAAGACAACUUAAAAUACAAAAUUACAACUGCAAUUUGUUAUGUCGUUUUUGUUUUCUUGCCUUCUUUGUGUUUAACUGUUGAUGAACCAGUUGAAAGUAAUUGAUAUGUUCUGCUUUAACAUUCA